AUGAACUUAAAUCUCAGCACAGCCAUAAUUGUACUGAUGAAGUUGAGAUCGUUCAGUAAUCACUAUAUUAUUCAUAUCCUCAAGAAUUACGAAGAAGCUAUCCUGGUCAACAAGGUCAAGGUAGAUCAUAAUCAAAUAAUUGAUCCAAAGGUGACUAGACAUCUCUUGUUACUAGCUCAUCGGCUGAUCACUUCAACAGUCGAUCAACCUUAUAUAUCCUCAGUUCCAGCAGUAUUAGCUCAGCGCUACUUCCUUCGGGCAGCCUUUACAGCACGGAUCAGUCUAACGUUACUGGUUGUUCACCAACUCCCAGAACUACUGGCUUUUUCCUAUGAGACGGAUUAUAACAAGAUUGUACAAGAUCAAAAACUCCGGAUAGUUUUGAAAAUGAAUUUAUCAACACGCGACAGCCAUUUGCUGCAACCCACUUACCAAGAGGAUAGGAUGAAGUGUAUCAAGAAUCCGAGUAUUCUCGCACGAAUGAUCACUUAUUAUUCAGGAACAAUUGAAUCAUUGGUUAUGAAAGAGAUGACACUAGACUGGAACAGAAAACAUCCGGUUAUUCUUUUCCUAGCAGGUCACCAAAACCCUAAAAAAAAAAAAAAAAAAAGCAAUCUGGUACAUGUAAAUCUCUACAAUCAGCGAUUCACUUCGGUCGACUUACUCUGGUCGACUUACGUGACACAUCCAAAACCGGCCGUUUUAACUACAAGGCUUUAA